GCGCGCACGCAUGAGCAACAGUCGCGCAGCGGAGGAUGCGCACAACACGAGCAACAGCCAACAGAGCUCAUAAACAGCAGAACACGGUGAAUUCGGACUCUCAUCUGCUCGUUUAGAGUCGGAAAUGUGAUCUAGGAAACACUUCUCCUAUUCAGUCUUUCGUUUUGGCGUCCUUUAUUCUGGACCACCGGUUCAUCGUCACGGUUCGGCGGAGACGCUUCACAUCACAGUAUGCAGAAGCUGGGAGUCCUGAUCAAGAGCAGCGUGUUCACAUUCAACUGGAUCUAGACCAGAAUACUGGACUUCAGGACUGCAGGAUUAUCUGAGCAUCACUAACAGUGACUGGACUCCUCGCUGCAUAUCUCAGAUCGUCUGUUUUGGAUUAUUCUUCUGAGGAGGAGUUUCUUUGGAGAGCAUGAUUACUUCCAGAGCUGGAAUACUAGAGACUAAUCUAGUUUUUGUGGGCAAAAUCAAUUACAGCGUUGAAUCCCUUAUGUGAACAGAGCAGCGUCUAAUUUGUUUUGCUGCAGGACGUGCAUUGACUUCUGCAGUUUGUGUGCUCGUUCUUUAGUAAAAUCAAGAGUUUUGAAUGUUCACAAUGCAUUUUCAUUAAGAACUUUCUCUUGAAACGUUAUUCCCUCCAUAUAUUGGGACGAAAUCCAUUGUGUUUGCUGUUGGUGUGGAGUUGAAUCAAAUGGCUCGACCCGGCUCUGGGGUUCUGGUGUCGCUGGGAGGCGGAUACUCUUCUCAGAGUAUGGCUAGGGUGGUGGUUUGGGAAUGGCUGAAUGAACACGGCCGCUGGAAGCCAUACAGCGCCGCCGUUUGUCAUCACAUCGAAAACGUCCUGAAGGGAGACGCACGUGGCACCGUCAUACUGGGGCAGGUGGAUCCGCAGCUCACGCCCUACGUCAUAGACCUGCAGUCCAUGCACCAGUUCAGACAAGACACAGGUGAGUCACAGAGACAUGUUUACUCAUGUAGGGCCCUACAGCUCCCCAUUGUGGCCGAUCCAGAAUGGAGUAAGCGUACGGACACAGUGUCCACUUUUGUCAUUAAUAAUGACAGCCAAAAUGUGCUCUUAGAAGGACUGCAAGUUCAAGAAGAGGAAGUUUGUGUUGUGUGUGUCUGGUGUUUAAUGAGAGCAGUAGAGAUGAUGGAGACGGAUGGAGACUCAGACGAGGACAGACGGGUUCCUGCACUUCCUGUGAAGAAUCUCACUGGUUCAGGACCGUUCCAUCCUGCAUUAGCAGGAAUGACUGGUAUCCUCAUGUGUGCCGCCGGGCUCCCCGUGUGUUUGACUCGGGCCCCUAAACCGAUCCUCCAUCCGCCACCAGUCAGCAAGAGCGACCUGAAACCCGUGCCAGGAAUCAACAGCAUCCGGCGCAAGACUAAGAAAAAGCACCUCCGCAAAGGUAAAAAACCAGAGGAUGUGGUUCGGCGCUACACAGAGAAAAUCAAAACGGCUCCCGAUGAGGACUGCACCAUCUGCAUGGAGCCACUGGCCACCGCGUCUGGAUAUGAGGGAGUGCUGAGCUACAAAGGCAUCAAGCCCGAGCUGGUCGGCAAACUGGGAAAGUGCGGCCACAUGUACCAUCUUCUGUGUCUGGUGGCCAUGUACAGCAACGGCAAUAAGGACGGCAGUCUGCAGUGUCCCACCUGUAAGGCCAUCUACGGGGAGAAAACCGGCACGCAGCCUCCUGGGAAGAUGGAGUACCACGUGAUUCCUCAUUCUCUACCUGGAUACUCCGAUACAAAGACUAUCCGCAUCGUCUAUGACAUUCCCGCUGGGAUACAGACCACAGAGCAUCCCAAUCCUGGGAAAAAGUACAGCGCGCGGGGAUUUCCUCGACACUGCUACUUACCGGACAACGAGAAAGGCCGGAAGGUGCUGAAGUUGUUAAUCAUGGCGUGGGAUCGUCAUUUGAUCUUCACCAUCGGGACGUCCAGCACCACGGGAGAGAUGGACACGGUCGUGUGGAACGAGAUUCACCACAAGACAGAGUUCGGCUCCAACCUCACGGGCCACGGCUACCCCGACCCCAACUAUCUGGACAACGUGGUGAGAGAACUGGCCGCCCAGGGCGUCGGAGAGGACAACCUGAAGGACUGAGGGUCGGUCCGCUGCUGGACACACACACACACACACACACACACACACACACACACACACUCCUCAUUCAGAGGAGUUCCUGACCGCUGGAGAGACCUUUGACCUCUCUGGGAACGACGGUCCUCGCUGACCCCGAGUCAGUGCGGGACUGUGUGAGAGACGAGUAGAUGAUGGAGUGAUGAAAUUAGUCGAAAUUACUCUAAUAUAUUCCUCAUUCACUGUCACAGCUUGCUUUCUCUCUCUCUAUCUCUCGCGUGCUCUUUUUAAAGGCUGCCCAGAAUGCAUCUGGGCUCAGAGCGGUGCAUGUGGUAGUUGUAUAUACACGCACAUUAGUGGCUGACCGAUAAGGGUUUAUCAGUGGCGAUGCCUCUACAGAUGGCAGAUAUAAUAUGUUAUAUCUAGGGCUGUCAAGUGAUUCGAAUUAAUUACUUGAUGUGCAGAUUAAACAUCAAUUGUGGCUGAGAAAUUUAUGAUGAACGAUUGAUUCAAUGAACGAUUUAUUCAAAUGGCAGAUUCAUUCAGUAACAAAGACAGUGACUGUCUUUAUUAAUAAGUUACUGAAUCAUUGACUCACUUGAUUUGUUCAAAUUGCUGAUUCCUUCAGAAAAAAAAAAACCUAGGUACUCUCUUUAUGAUUGACUCACUUGAUUCAUUCAGACGGCUGAUUCAUUCCGUUACAAAGCAAGUUGACUGUCUUUAUGAAUGAGUUACUGAAUCACUGACUCACUUGAUUCAUUCAAAAACGUGGAUUGAUUCAGAAAACAAAACACCCCUGUGUUGCUCGCUAUGCUUAAUGCAAAAGAGUCUUUAUAAAAUUAAAUAAACCUAUUUUACACAAUAUUCACUGGAAAUUGUUGAAGUUUGUAAGCUCUGUUAAUCUGACAAUUAGUAGCAAGCUGAUGCUGAUGAUCUUAAAAUCACCAAAUAUCAGAUGAUUCAUCCCGUUUCUUGAUAUUUAUCGGUCUACCACUGCGCCCAAUACAACUUGGAGAAGUUUUUCAAAUCUGCUUCAUUUUAAGACAGUUUUCCUGAUGCUUUCUGCCUUGUUUUUCUGGCCUCCGUAUGUAUAACCGAUUAAAGGAGGAAGCCUGCAGUUGUUGGCGUUUGUAGGGAAAUCAGUGUAAAUGGGUCUGUAAGCAGAUUUUCGGGAAUGUUUUUGAUGUUUGUGCAACCGCUGCAUAAAAUACCUGCACUUCAAAACAUUCAGCGUUCCGGCUCGUGUGCUACUUUUGAACUUCAGAGCAAUUAGCGGAGCUCAGAGCAAACGCUGAGAUUUGAGGAUCCUUCUGUGUGCGUUUUAACUUUUAGAAUGAAUAAGAUGAAUAGGAUGUCUUCUUGAAAUAUGCAAUGAUUCAUAUCCUGUCUUGCUUUGUUUCUCUUUAACGUCAUUAAUCUGAGAGAGUGGCUUUCUGGUUGCAGAUGGGUUUAUCUGUGUUGUGUUUGGAAUGGAAUACUAGCAUACUACUUUACUAGGAUACUGCACAGUAUACAGUGUGUACUAUUUUAAAAAUGCAGGCGUUACUCCAUGAUAAGUGUUUUAAAUAGCUGUCCUUUUGAAUUGCAUGCAAGUGGCGUCCAGUUAUGAUGUUGAAUAAAUACGAUGGUUGCCAAUUUUUAAUUGCAUUUUAUGCUCUAAUGUGUGAAUUUAAGGCAGUCAAAUGAUCAAAUAAUGAGUCAAAAUAGUAAAAAUUGUGGCUGAUAUUCAUUUGUCACACUGGAAAUAAAGUUGAGGAUAUGGCAGUGAUUCUCAACCAGAGCCUCAAAAUUACUUAAAAGAUUUAAUAUAUAAUAAUAAUAAUAAAUUUCUCAUGUAAUGAAAUAACUAAAACAUAAAUUGAAAUAAAAAUUAAUAAAACUACAUAGAUUAUUGGUCCAAAAACACUAAACACACAGUUUUUAAAACUAAAAUGAAAAAUACACACACACACACACACACACACAAAAAAAUGUAAUUACAAUUUUUGAUAAAACAUUUAAAUAAACAAGUAUUAUAUCAAUUAAACUAAAUUAACACCAGUGUUUGCACAGUCUUUGAAAAGCUGGACACCUUAAACCUGUUUAUGCACUUUCAUGAGGAAUAUACAUUUUACUAGCAAUGCCAAGCUCCAGAAUAUUUUAUCGGGUAGAAAUUGUGAGUAAAAAUUAUUUAAAUAUUAAAAAAAAAAAUUAUCCUUAAUUCUUACUCCGUAAAUCAGGAAAGACUGGAAAAUUAAUCUGUUAAAAAGAGCUGGAAGCUUGAAGAACAUUUAUCUCCUAAAACUUCUACAAUCCUGGAAUUAAUUACUUUUUUUUUUUUUUUUUUUUUUUACAGAAAUGAGGAGUUUAAACAGAUUAAAAU